AUUCCUGAGCUACAGUUGCACAUCUAGUCUCAAGAGUACGCAAAAUAGGAAUCAUAGAAUUGUGAUUCAAGUAUUAUUGGGAUGUCCGCUAUAUAUUGCAGAAUGCAGAUUUCCUGUAUAUGUAAGUGUAAUGUAUAUAAUAUAAAUGGUGUAACCUGCCUCCAACUUAAAGGGGGAGCAGUGUAAUGUAUAUAAUGUAAUUAGCAUAUGUUAUGUCUUGUGCGAGGGGACGCAUGAGCUGGAGGAGACUCAUGGUGGCGUCCAGCAAUAAAGAAGCUUGCUAGUUUACUCCUGUAUCUGAGAGUUCUUUUGAGUCAGUUCCAAGUACCCAAAAUACACUACAAUUGGCGACGAGGAUGGGAUAGAGUUUGUGAACUCACCCACAGGACUGUUUUGCAACACGCAGGAUUGUUUAACAGUUUAAACUGUAGAUACGGAGUUGUGUCGCAGUUGUUUGCGAGCGGGACAAGAGAGGCCUGCAGAUCCCUCUAUGCCGGGGACUGCAUUUAAAACAUCAGCUGUACAAGUCGGCGAGUUUUGUCAGGCUAUCUCUAUGUUGUGUCUACGUGGCAAGAUGUCGUCCUUCGGAUUGUUACUCAUUUUAGACUGAGUUGUUUUUUUUUGUCAAAUUCCUCAAGCUGAAUAGUCUUUGUACAAGUUUUACGUGAAUUGUCACACCAAAACACACAACAACAGCAUGGCGAGGAUAAAAGAACAGAAAAGGAAAGAAGAAGGACUGUCAGAAACAAAAGGUUGUGUUUGCAAACAAAGUGGAACGGCACCAAGCCAAAAGGUUUUGAAUUGGCGCCAAGUAAAAGAAAGGUCGGAACAGGAAGCAAGGAAAACAGGUGGGGCAGUAAGUAAGUGUCACCGAAGAAAGCAGCCGAAAGCUGGAAGCCUAACCAGCAGGACAGCGACGGUGUCAACUUACCUGGAACAUUUUCCAGGGCUGUGCAGCCAAGGCAAAGGGGCAGAAGAGGCCCACCAGCCACCACCGACUUCGGACGUUUUCCAGGGCUGUGUAGCCUACAGCCAGGCCCAGGAGCCGCCAACGACGUCGAGUGUGGGCCUAGUACCGGGUAGGUCACGGACAGGUCCGGUGAAGCCACCGACGAAACGGAGUCAGCCCGGCUGGGAGAAGAGUCAACCCGGUUGAGGGAGAAAGCCGGCCGUGUGAGAAGCGGACCAGCAGCGAGAAAAAAAAGCCUGGCCAUGCGUGAGAAGCGGACCGGCAGAGUAAAAGAAAACUGGCCGCGAGAGAAGCGGACCGGUCAUGAAAUAAAAGCCCGGUCGGGAGUAGAGUCAGCCCGACCGUGAGCAGAAAAGAGGGUCCGGCCGCGCAAGAGAAGCGGACUGGCCAAGGGGGAAAGCUCGGACGUGAGAGGAAGUCCAGCCCCGAGCAAAGAGUGGGUCCGCACGAGAGAAGCAGGACAGCACUCAAGCACUUCAGCCCGGUCGAGGGUAGAGUCAGCCCGGUCAUGAGGGCUGUGAAGACAGCGGGCAGGCAAGUCAGCAGAGCAGCAGUAGUCGACUUGGCAGCGAGCCAGCGGCAGCAAAAGUAACGGUGAAGCCCGGAGGAGCCGGCAAAAGCAGCAAAAGUGGAGGUCUGGCGAGGCCAGCAGCAAAAGUACCAGUGGGGACAGCUCGAGAGGUCGAGAAGGCACUGGAGUCCAUAGGCCGACAAACUGCACCGGUGAAAUUCUUCAAAGUAAAAGUGGGACAGUUGAACGUAAUGCAUUGUUCACUAAUCCUUCACAGUAAAAGCAGGACUGUUUGGAUGUAAUGCAUUGGUCACUGUUAUUAAUAGUAAAUCUGUGUGCAUAGCAGGAAUAUGGUUAAAAUGUUCUAAAUGUCUAUUAACAUGAAAUGUUGGAUAAUAGUAUAAAUCUAUUAUUAUAAGAAUUAGUAAUAGUCAGUGGGCUGGAUCACUUCUUAGUGUGUAGAAAGAUUAAGUCUAGUGCAGAAUACACAUUGAGAGAAAAUAAGAUAGUGCACCUGAAUAGCAACAGGUAGCAUGGCUUUUCAAAUUGUAGAAAACGUGCCCCAGUUAGAUUCUGGGUGUAAUUUUGAGAAAUGGACCAAAGUCUUGGAGGCUUAUUUCAUUUCCAAUGAUAUUGCUGCAGAGGAGAAGAAGAGAGCAUGGUUCAUAUUAGGCUUAGGAAGAGAGGGUUAUCAGACCUUACGUAUGUUACUGCUGCCAGCAGCGCCCACGGAUAAAAUGUAUGAGGAGUGUAAGGAGGCUUUAAUGGCUCAUUUCUCGCCAAAACCUCCAAGGGUAUCCAGAGGCAAGGAGCCUGAACUAAAGAGGGCAGAGAGUCUCUCAAAGGACCAAGGUCAAGUGCAAAAGGACAAAGGUCAAGUGCAAAAGGACAAAGGUCAAGUGCAAAAGGACAAAGGUCAAGUGCAAAGGGACACAAGUCAAGUGCAAAGGGACACAAGUCAAGUGCAAAAUGACACAGGUCAAGUGCUAAGGGACAAAGGGCAAAUGCAAAGUGGCCGAAGUCAAAGGCAAAGAGAAAUUGCCAUCCAAAGAGCAACCCUAGCUAUUCAAGCUGCAUUCAGGGGUAUGAAUGUACGGAGAGAGAUCCGGAACAAACAGAAGGCAGCAACGGUAAUACAAGCAGCAUUUAGAAGGCACAGAGUAUACCGUCAAUACAAGGCAAUGAGAUUGGCAGCUAUAAUAGUACAAACCCAUUAUAGGGCACACCUUCAAAUGGAAAGUGAUUGCAAAACUUACAUGAAGGUACGCAGAAGCGUUGUACUGCAUCAGGCAGCCUACCGUGGAAUGCUUGUUCGAAGGCAACUGCGGGGCAUGCAUAAAUCUGUCAAGGUCAUACAGACUUAUUAUCAGAUGUAUAAACAGCGUCAGUAUUUUAAGAAACUACGCCGGUCUGCCAUUGCUGUACAGCAACGAUACAGAGCAUGCCAGAUAAGAGAUGUCCAAGUGAGACAGUAUAAGAGUUUGAGAGAAGCAGUGGUGUGUAUUCAGGCCUAAUACCGCGGGAUCAAAGCCAGAGUAUUGGUAGAGAAAACCAAGGCAGCACACUGUAUUAAGUCAUUCAUAAGAAUGUGCAUUACAAGAAAAUGUAAUGCAAAAGGCGGCUGUAGUCACUCUGCAAGCUGCAUACCAUGGUUACCGAUUAAGGGUACGGUACAGACUAUGCAACAAGCAGUCAUUUCGAUCCAGAGAUGGUACAAAGCAUGUAAAAUAGGGCAUUCCCAGUUUGUGUAAUAUCAGUCAAUGAGGGAUACAACUAUUACCAUUCAAACUGCCUACAAGAGGAUGGUGGUUAAGCAAAAGAGAGCUACUGUAAAAGUGCAGUCAGUACUCCGUAUGAGUUGGUAUAGGAAAGACCUAAGGAGACAAAUAGAUGCACAACAGAAAAGACUUAAACGUUACAAAAAUGCUUAAACGUUGCAAAGAACGGUUAAAUAAAUGUGUGACGAUGAGCAAAACGUUGUUAAUAGAAAAGUCUAAAGAAGAGAGGCUUGUCGGUCGAGACAAAAGUAUGCAAGACCGAUUGCGAUUAGGACACUUCAGUAUAGUCCAGCAUGGAGCUUCCUUCACUGAGCAAUGGACAAAUGUUUAUGCAUUGCAGAAUGUCAUUAUACAACAAGAGCAGAUAAAUACGUAGCGCCAGGAAAUUGAGCGACAGAGAGCGACUGAAAAACGAAAACCUGCAGUCAUGUGUCAGAUCCCACCUACAAAUAAAGAACAGAAACAGAGGAAAUGUUAACUUUAGCAGAAUUUCAAGAACAGGAAGAAAUCUGCAAAUUAGAUUAGGAUAUUUAAAAAGGGAAGAGGCAGAGAUACAAGUAGAGCUAGAGUGAUUAGAAAGAUGAGUGGAAUGAACCAUUAUGUGCUGUUUUAGUACAAUUAUUACAGUUAUGAGGAUGUAAUGUAAGAUGACUGCAAUAAUAUAAUUUUGCAACUGUGUGUUAAUCAAUUAUAUUUAACGUACUAGAAAUGGUGUUAUUUGCCUCCAAGCUAAAGGAGGAGCAGUGUAAUGUAUAUAAUGCAAAUGGUGUAACCUGCCUCCAAGUUAAAGGGGGAGCAGUGUAAUGUAUACAAUGUAAUUAGCAUAUGUUAUGUCUUGUGCGAGGGGACCCAUGCGCUGGAGGAGACUCAUGGUGGCGUCCAGCAUUAAAGAAGCUUGCUAGUUUACUCCUGUAUCUGAGAGUUCUUUUGAGUCAGUUCCAAGUACCCAAAAUACACUAC